UUUUCCUGCCGGUACUGCGCGUGCGCAGUCAGAGGAGUCCUUGGUUCAUCGGCCUCCUGUAGGUUACUCGUUCUCUGACAGUCAAAAUGCAGAGCUGGACGCAGCUUUACCGAUCUCUGGCCACGCGAGGCCACAAUCUCCCCUGCAAACUGCAUGGAGCUGCAGUCGUUCCCGCCAGAACCUACGCCGACAAAGCAGCGAUUGAUGCAGAUGUGACGGUGGUGGGUUCAGGUCCCGGCGGCUACGUGGCUGCCAUCAAAGCUGCACAGCUGGGCUUUAAGACGGUCUGUGUGGAGAAAAACUCCACGCUCGGUGGGACCUGCCUCAACGUGGGCUGCAUCCCCUCAAAGGCUCUGCUCAACAACUCCCAUCUGUACCACUUGGCUCAUGGCAAGGACUUUGAAAGCAGAGGCAUAGAAAUUUCGGGCAUCUCGUUGAACCUGGAGAAGAUGAUGGCCCAGAAGAGCGGGGCGGUCAAGGCGCUGACCGGAGGAAUCGCGCAUCUCUUCAAACAGAACAAAGUAACCCACGUCAACGGUUUUGGGCGAGUGACCGGGAAGAACCAGGUGACCGCCACGGCGGCCGACGGCAGCGAGCAGGUCAUCAACACCAAGAACAUCCUGAUCGCCACGGGCUCCGAGGUCACGCCUUUCCCCGGGAUUCAGAUCGACGAGGACAGCGUGGUGUCCUCCACAGGAGCCCUGUCCCUGAAGAAGGUCCCCGGGGAGCUGAUCGUGAUCGGGGCCGGAGUCAUCGGAGUCGAGCUGGGCUCGGUGUGGCAGCGCCUGGGGUCAAAGGUCACGGCGGUGGAGUUCCUGGGCCACGUGGGCGGCAUGGGCAUCGACAUGGAGAUGUCCAAGAACUUCCAGCGCAUCCUGCAGAAGCAGGGCCUCAAGUUCAAGCUGGGAACCAAAGUGAUGGGAGCCAGCCGGAGACCCGACGGGAAGAUCGACGUGGCGGUGGAGGCGGCGGCCGGAGGGAAGAACGAGACCCUGACCUGCGACGUGCUGCUGGUCUGCAUCGGCCGGCGGCCCUACACCCAGAGCCUGGGGCUGGAGGCCGUGGGCAUCGAGCUGGACAACCGGGGACGCAUCCCCGUCAACGGGCGCUUCCAGACCAAAGUGCCCAGUAUUUACGCCAUCGGGGACGUGGUGGCCGGCCCCAUGCUGGCCCACAAGGCGGAGGACGAGGGAAUCAUCUGCGUGGAGGGCAUGGCAGGGGGCGCCGUGCACAUAGACUACAACUGCGUCCCCUCGGUCAUCUACACACACCCCGAGGUGGCCUGGGUGGGGAAGACGGAGGAGCAGCUCAAAGAGGAGGGCGUCCCGUACAAAGUGGGCAAGUUCCCGUUCGCCGCUAACAGCCGAGCAAAGACCAACGCCGACACCGACGGCCUGGUCAAGAUCCUCAGCCACAAGGAGACCGACCGGAUGCUGGGGGCCCACAUCGUAGGCACGGGUGCAGGAGAGAUGAUAAACGAGGCGGCCUUGGCCAUGGAGUACGGCGCCUCCUGUGAGGACAUCGCCCGGGUCUGCCACGCCCACCCGACGGUGUCGGAGGCCUUCAGAGAAGCCAACCUGGCCGCGUCUUUUGGCAAAGCCAUCAACUUCUGAUCCCGAAGCCACCGGACGCAUCGGGCACAGAAACGGGAAGUCUGCGUCAAACUUUACUCCAGCUUCACCCCCACCAGGCUGUACCGCAACUAGCUUCAAGUUAUUUAAAUGUUAUGGAUGAAAACAAUAAAAAGGGUUUGGUUGGUAAAUACACAAUUGACUGAAUUCAGUCUUUUUUUUUUUCUCGUCUGCAAAUAGUUUCAAAGACCCAACAGGAGCAGACUCCGCCCUAAAUUCAUAGCUGUUAAUGUUUCUAUGGUGGGGGGCCUGUGGUUCUUCUGAAGGAAGACCGGAUAUUUGUGUUUUAUUUUGGUUUAUUUUUGUAUUUCUACGAUAUGGAAAGAACUCGACACAAAUGGAAAUCGGGGCAGGAAACUCGGACUCAGGAGCCGCUCGGGAUUUUGAAUAAUUUAGGCCUCCAGAUUCAGUUGUUUGAGUCUGAGUUCGUUAUCGGUUAGGGGGGGGGGCUACCGAUGGCUUCUGAGGGCUGUUUCCUGCUCCGGUUUCUCCACUGUGAUCUGCUCUGAGCUGUUCCUGCUGCUCUCCGUUAGAAACAAUAAAUAAGUUAAUCCAGGUUUCGUUGUGUGUUCUUAUUUUUUUUGUCUCGUUCUGUUCUUUAAACUUUGUAUAGUAGAGGUGGGAACCUGUCUAAUAUCUGAAAUAAAAACGGCGUCCUGUAAGUGUCUGCUACCACUGAAGCAGCACAUAGAAGUUGACUUUGUUAUGACGUAUUUGGUUAUUAGCAGGAAAUGGCAAACCCUUGUCGGUAUUCCGACUUGUCGUUU